AUGGCCUCACAAUCUACGCCAGUGUCUCCGCUAUUGCGGAAGAGAGUAUUGAAGGUGCUCUUCAUUUCGCUGCUGCUUGACCUGAUAUCCUUCACUUUCAUCCUUCCCCUCUUUCCAAAACUCAUCGAGUUCUAUCGCAAUCAUGAGACUGGAGACCCAAAUACCAUCCUGUCCAAGAUCCUCGCCGGGCUCAACGCGUACAAGAACUCGUUCGCCAAACCCAUAAACUCGCGCUACGACAUCGUCCUGCUCGGCGGCGCUCUCGGCUCGCUCUUCUCCCUUUGCCAGGCCAUCGCCUCGCCUUUCAUUGGCACCCUCUCCGACAAAUAUGGCAGGCGCACGGCGCUGCUGUGGUCAAUGGUGGGCAACAUUUUUAGCGUUGCACUAUGGGUCGCAGCUACAGACUUUCGUACCUUUCUUGCAAGUCGCGUCGUCGGAGGCUUGAGUGAGGGCAAUGUGCAGCUGGCAAUGGCCAUUGCCACUGACAUUAGCGACGACAGCCAGAGAGGCGCAACAAUGGCGCUUGUGGGUGUAUGCUUCAGCAUCGCCUUCACCUUUGGACCUGCACUGGGCGCAUACCUUUCCACCCUUCACAUCAUGGACAACAACCCGUUCGCCAUGGCCGCCGGCUUCUCACUCUUCCUGAUUGUUUCCGAGACCAUCUAUCUCUACACGAGCCUCCCAGAAACGCUACCGUCAGCGAACGCAUCCCAGAAUGGCUCUGCCAACGGACACGCAAAAGGCAUCGAAGCACCGAAACCCCGCGCGCGCACAAACUCGCAUACUCUCCUGAACGCCACACAUUUCACCUUCAUCCUCUUCUUCAGCGGCAUGGAGUUCUCGCUCCCUUUUAUGACAUACGAUCUCUUUUCUUACCAGGCCAAGGAUUCCGGUCGCCUGCUUGGCUUUAUCGGCCUUGUAGCUUCUCUACUUCAAGCAUCUGUAGUGCGACGUAUGCACCCUUUGAAAGUUGUGCAGAUGGGUGUCAUCAGUUGUACGAUAGCUUUCGUCAUGCUGGGCAGGGUACAAACACAGGGCGCCCUAUACGGAGCAGCUGCACUCCUGGCUGUAACAAGUGCCACAGUUGUUACUGGCCUCAACAGCCUCUCGUCAUUCGAAGCGAGCGCUGACGAGCGCGGCAACAAGCUUGGGAACCAUCGAAGUUUUGGCCAGAUCGGUCGGUCGCUCGGUCCCCUCAUAUUUUGCACCCUAUACUGGUGGGCGGGUCGGGAAACUGCAUACGCAACCGGAGCUGCUGGCAUGGUCGCCGUCGCAGCAUUGGUCUUUGGAGGACUCAAGGUCCCACCUGGAACUGAAAAUGUAGGGAAGAAGGAGAAGAAAGUAGCAUGAUACGGACAUGGUAUAAAUAGGAUAUAUGGGGGUAUGAAGAAAA